ACAAUUAUUUAAAACCUAUAAUAUCAAAAAACUUUGUAUUCAAAUCAUUUUGUAGGGUCUACCCUAAGUAGUUGGGAUUAAGGCGAGGAAGAAGAAGAAGAUUCAAAUCAUUUUGUAGGGAAAUUUUGGCAUUGAACAAGAGACUGCAAAAAAUGUCGCUCAUUGUGUGCUAUGCACCGGCAACCAGAUAGCGAUGAAGGUCAGUAAGUGGCAUUCUGCGGAUGGUAACCGUUGGCUUUCAGUUGUGCUUUGCGUGCAACCGUCGUCUGUUGUGUUUUGUAAUGCAUUAAUAAUUUAAUAAUGUCUUUAUAUUCAUUGAAUAGUAUAAAAAUCGAACAAAUGUUCUCUUAACCAUUUUUAAUAAUUAUCAAUUUUUUUAACUAUAAAGCAAAUGGAGAAAUCUACGGAGACCACCAACACCAUGAAACCAAAAAAGUUUCCAUCUAUUCUUAAGAAGAUGAUGAUUUCGAGGCUGAAGAGUAUUUCGAAAGAUGCUAAUUCGGCCGUGAAGGCACCAACAAAAAAAGUGUCAACAAACAAUAAACCACAGCUAACAUCGCCGCUUAUUGCAUCUACCAAGCACGAAAGUGUUAAAAAAAUUGAACGGCCGAGUACAGCUGUACUGGACAAACCGCUAGUGUUAAAUAAAUUAAUUGAACUGGAUAAACCGUUGGAAUUGGAAAGUAAUCUGCAGCCUCCAGUCAUAAGAAGGACAAAUGUUAUAAAACAACAACAAUUAAACAAUAGAACUUAUCGAAUAAAGACUAAAGAUAGGAAAAGUGUAUUAAGUUUACCAGAAGUGCAAGCUAAAGUACAACAGGCGGCUAAAAAAAAGAGUAACCUGCCGGUCAAGGUCAAGUCUAGUACUGUAAAAAAACAGGCACCACAACCGCCACCGCGCGCUCAACCCAUUUCUGUUCCCACGCAAGACGAGGCAGAAUACCAACUUGAUAAAUGGACACCGAUGACUGUAGGCUCAGCUAGAAGAAAAAGACUGGUCCUUUGCUACCUAUGCGGCAAGGAAUUUGGUACGGCUUCACUGCCAUUUCACGAGCCUCAAUGUCUUAAGAAAUGGAUCGUGGAAAAUUCUCAGCUGCCAGAACAUUUACAAAGAGCAAUCCCACAGAAACCAAAAGAAAAUCAAAUAGGUUCAUCUGAUGAUUGGAAUCGGCUUGCAUGGGAAACUACUCAGUCAAAUUUAGUGCCAUGUAAUUUUUGCCAACGUAAGUUCCUAGCAAAUAGACUGGAUGCUCAUACCAGAGUUUGUAUUGAAGCCAAGAAAAAAUAUAUGUCUCCAACACUCAAUAUAUCGUCAGCUAUGGAUAAGAAACCCAAAAAGAAACCACAGCCUUGUUAUGUUUGUGGUCGACUAUUUGGUUCUGCAUCAAUUGGAAUACACGAACCACAGUGUUUAAUCAAGUGGAUUCGAGAAAAUGAUAAUUUGCCAUCACAUUUAAGGAGACCAGUACCUAUUAAACCAGAAGUUGUUGUUAAUUCAGAAACGGGUAGUGUGGAUCAAGAAGCAACAAGAGAAGAGUAUUGGAAGACAUAUUUAUCUCAGUUGGUUCCAUGUGACAGAUGUCAGAGGACUUUUGAUCCAAAUCGUCUAGAAGUGCACCAACGAAGCUGCAAAGGUUCAACUAUAAAAUGAAAAAUAAUACUUAAACUAUAAUUUUAUUUAAUCCCGUUAAAAUAUAACGGCGGUUCCAAGAUAGUCAUGGAUACUAUUCAUAAGCGUUGGGUAGUGUAAUGUCUUUUUAGCGAAUACAUUUUUUUAUUACCCUCUCUAUAAAUACAUAUUUGUGUAAAUUUGAUUUUUUAAUUUUUAAAGGUUAAGCAUUUUAUUAUAUGUGUUAAGAACUUUUACCAUCAAACGUAUAUGAACCUACUAUAAUUAGUUUUUAAAGAGUUGUAAUAUUAAAAAAUGUAUUUAUUUAAAAAAUGAGUAUUGGUAAGGAAAAUUUUGACAUAGUCAUUCGAAUUUUUUUCGAUAAAAAUAAAAAAUAUGAUCAAUGAUCGAAAAAAUUUUCAAGAAGUUAACAAAGC